ACACAUAAGGACAGUGUUGUUACAUGGAAAAGCUACCAGGGAACUAGCAAACAGGGAAACGUUGCACAGAUGAUAGCAACUGCAAAUGUGAGUGAGACAGUCGAAAGAAGAGAGUAUCUCAGACGAAUUGUUGCAGUAACCUCUAUGUUAGGGAGACAGGGACUCCCUUUUCAUGGCCAUGAUGAAAGUGAAGACAGCCCGAACAGAGGGAAUUUUCUUGCAUGCAUGGAGCUUUUGAAGGAGUUUGAUCCUUUUCUUCAAAAACAUAAUCCCCCAUCAAAUGCACAGUAUAUCUCACCAACAUCCCAGAAUGUCAUGAUUGACUGUUGUGCCCAGGAAGUUACUAGUGUCAUUGUAUCUGAAAUGACAAAGUCUAAAGUCUAUGCCAUCAUGGCAGAUGAGGCAAGGGAUGAAAAGGCAGAGCAGUUAGCUGUUUGUGUCAGGUACGUGUCAGAGGGGGCAGUGAAGGAGCGUUUCCUUGCACUAGCAGAGAUAAAAUCAUUUGAUGCCCAGUCCAUUGCAAAUGAGAUUCAGCAGCAGAUCCAAAACUAUGGUCUUGCAGAGCUUAAGUGUGUAGCACAAACAUAUGAUGGUGCAGCCGUCAUGAGUGGCUCCACUGGAGGUGUACAAGCACAUUUUAGAAGGCUCCAUCCUGAGGCUAUCUAUGUGCAUUGUUAUGCUCAUCACCUUAACCUGGUUUUGUGCAAUACUUGCAAGGCUGUCCCAGAGGCUGUGGAGCUUUUCAGCUUGUUGGAGUGUGUGUAUUCUUUCUUCAGCACCUCCCUAGUCAAUCAUCAUAAGUUCAUGGAGACUCAGGCAAAGCUUGGAUUGACAAAAACUGAGCUUGUGCAACUUUCAAACACUCGCUGGGCAUGUCAGUUGCGAUCAGUCAGUGCAGUUCUUGAGACAUUGCCUGCCAUUUUGGAGUGCCUAUCUGCAAUUGGAUCCCCUAUAGCUGUUGGUCUCAGAGCAAAGCUCUACAAGUUCUCAGCAGUCUAUGCACUACUGAUGUUUCAGUCGAUUCUGUCUGUAACCGAAGGACUCCACAAAUUCCUGCAGAAAGUGACUUUAGACCUGGCAGAAGCUUUUAUCUGCAAACAAGCUGUGUGUGACACACUUAAGGGCAAACACUCAGAUGCAUUUGCUACAGAGUUGUAUGAGAAAACCAAGGCCCUGUGUAACACCCACAGUAUCCCUGAACCAGGUGCCAAGACAAGGCACAAACAGAGGAAAAUGGAGGAUUUUGUCCUGGAGGCAACUGUGGGUUCAAGCACUGAACUGAACAACUCAGACACAUUGAAAAGAGAGUUACUUUUCCCUUGUGUGGAUCGGAUGGUUGGCGAGCUUGAUCAAAGAUUUUGCAGUGUAGAUGCAGGGCUGCUAAAAGGCAUCCAGGCAUGCAGUCCUAAAUCUGAGAACUUCUUGAGUGAACCACACUUGAAUGAACUUGCAAAGCACUACAGACUUGACCUGAAAAAAGAGGAGGUUCUGGUGGCCAGAAACUUUCUUACCCGGAAAACAGAGGCUGGAUGUCCACCCAAAAAUAUGUUGUCUGUGUACAACCUCCUUGAUUCAGACAUGUUUCCCUCUCUGAAGGCAACCAUCCAAGUUGCCCUAAUGGUGCCUGUCAGCAGCUGCUCGUGCGAAAGGUCCUUUAGUGCACUGCGUCGGCUGCACUCCUGGCUGCGUCAAACAAUGGGUCAGAAAAGACUUCACAGUCUUGCAGUCAUGUCUAUUGAAAAAGACACGCUUCAGCAUCUGAGUCACAACAGAGUGAUUGACCGAUUUGCCACUCUUAAAAACGGACCUCAUUCUUUGAUGCUUCCACCCACCAAGUAACUGGUGAUUGCAGCCAUACAAAUGAUGUACUUUUUUAUUUUCAGUUUUUUUCUUGUUAUUGAUGCAGCAAACACAUUUCCUCUGUUUUCUUGUUGUACUGUGUUAUAAAACAGACUGAAAUAAAACAAUAGAUCUAUUGGUGGCCUAGGAUGUUUAAUCUGUCCAAAAAAGUAGGAAAACAAUUUCUCAGUCUUUUUUUUCUGUUUGUGAAAUUUUGUGCUCAUUCACUACGUUCGUUCAUAUCGUGUGCAUCUCUUGGGGGCUAAGCCCCCCCUGUCCUUAAAACCUAGUGACGCCCCUGGCAGCUAAUAUGUCCUGUUUUAAGCCAGGCACUUACACCUCCGCUCCGCUGCGUCUCAGCCACCAUCGCUCUAGCAGCAAGGGUGCUAGAGCCAGAGCAGG